AUGGCGCAGCGCCGCCUCACCGACUUCUUCGCGCGGCGUCGCCCUGGACUCCGCGCCGCGUCGACGAGGGCCAAGCCGACCUGGCGCACCCCGAGUCCCGCCAAGCCCGCGCCCCGCGUCUCGGCUCCCACCUCGGGCGGCAGCCGCAAGCGCGCCCGCCCGCCCUCCGAGCCCGCGUGCGACGAGCCCUCGCGCCGCAAGCCCGCGCCGCCCGCGCGCAGGAGGUCGGCGUCCUCUGGCCACCGUAAGGAUUCAGCGUGGAGAGGACUUGCAUUGAGAGGGAAGAAGCUUUGCGCAGGUGGAGGGGAGUCCGUGAAACUGACUGAUGCUGGGGGCCGGCCAGAGCUGGGUGUGCUGGUCCCAGGCCCUGGCUCCCCAGCUGCGUCUGGCUCUCUGGAGUACCCCUCUCCAAGCAAGAAGACAAAGAAGGCCACCCUCUCAGCAGGUCAGCCGCCCGGAUUGGCACCCGAGGAGGACAAGGUUCCCACGAAAGUUACCUUCUCUGAACUCAAGUCAUGUCUGCAGCGAGCCCGGGAGCUGGGGGCCCGGGUCCAGGAGCUGAGAGCAAGUGCUCAGAGGAAUGAUGAGGAGGAAUCAAGUGUACGGGAGGAAAAGGGGUCAUGUGGAGAGAAGGUACCUGCCUAUCAGCGCUUCCAUGCCCUGGCCCAGCCAGGGCCUCCUGGCCUUGUGCUGCCCUACAAGUACCAGGUGUUGGCUGAGAUGUUCCGCAGCAUGGACACCAUCGUGGGCAUGCUCUACAACCGCUCGGAGACUGUGACCUUUGCCAAGGUCAAGCAGGGAGUACAGGACAUGAUGCGCAAGCGCUUUGAGGAGCGCAACGUGGGCCAGAUCAAAACAGUGUAUCCUACUUCCUACCGCUUCCGCCAGGAGCGCAAUGUCCCCACCUUCAGGGAUGGUGUCAAGAGGUCCGAUUACCAGCUCACCAUUGAACCGCUGUUGGACCAGGAAGUUGGUAACAUGGGCCCCCAGCUCACAGCCUCACACCUCCUGCAGCGGCGACAGGUCUUCAGCCAGAACCUGGUGGAGCGCGUCCGGGAGCACCACAGGGUCUUCCUGGCCUCCCUGAAUCCCCCCAUGGUGGUGCCAGAGGACCGACUGACACGUUGGCACCCCCGCUUCAACGUGGAUGAAGUACCUGACAUCGAGCCUGCUGAGCUGCCUCAGCCACCCACCACGGAGAAGCUGGCCACUGCUCAGGACGUGCUGGCCCGAGCCCGAAGCCUGAUGUCACCCAAGAUGGAGAAGGCGCUGAGUGACUUAGCCCUGCGCACAGCGGAGCCCAGCAGCCUUGGGUCCUCCAGCUUGGUAUUGCCAGCCACCCCUCCGGCCACUCCACCUGCUCCCCUGAAGGGGGUGUCCCAGGACCUGCUGGAGCGGAUCCGGGCCAAGGAGGUGCAGAAGCAGCUGGCACAGAUGACGCGGCGCCCAGAACAGGAGCAGAGGUUGCAGCGGCUCGAGCGGCUGCCUGAGCUGGCCCGGGUGCUGCGUAGCAUCUUUGUGUCUGAGCGCAAGCCAGCACUGACCAUGGAGGUGGCCUGUGCCAGGAUGGUGGGCAGCUACCGCACGGCCAUGAGCCCAGAGGAGAUGGAGAAGCAUGUUCAGCUCCUCUCUGAGCUGCUGCCCGACUGGCUCAGCCUCCACCGCAUCCGCACUGACACCUAUGUGAAGCUGGACAAGGCUGCUGACCUGGCAGGUGUCACUGCACAGCUGGCCCGCCUUGCUCGUGCUGAGGAGGUGCUGUGAGCCUGAUGACUGCACCAACACACAAAUAUGGGCCCAAGGCCCCGGCCUGGUCCACUGUGUUGUUUUAUUAAGAGCGUGAUGCACUUUGCUCUCCCAGCUGCACUGGGCUCUGGCUACAGGGCCUGGGGGGAAUUCUCUGGCCAUUGUGGGUGGUAAACCCACCUCAUACAGCAUGUUGUCAUUAAACUGAUUUCUCUUAGCCAGGCCAGUGUGGCUCAGUGGUUGAGCAUCGACCCAUGCACCAAGAGGUCGCUGGUUCGAUUCCUGGU